UAAAAGAAUGUGUGCAAAGUCAGGCAAUUGCUUCAAGAUGAUCUGAACAAUCAUGAAGCCAUAAUACGAUAAUUGUCUCCAUCGAUAUUGUCCAUAGGUUGGUCUGACAGUGUAGUUUGAAAAGUGCUUGUGUUUUGUGUUUGAUGAGUUGUACAGAAGUGAAAAGAUGUAUCUGGUGAAUAAAGCAACAAAAACAAUCAUAGUAUUCUUACUGGUUGCUCUCCAAGCAGACUACAGUAGACAAGCUCUUCCACUGGUGAUAAACACCUGGGGAUUUUCGAAUUCUACUUUGAGAGCUCACCAAUCGCUCACGGUAGGAGAGUUCAGCGCUGUCGAUGCCCUGGUGGAAGGAUGCAGUGUAUGUGAACGUGAACAGUGCGAUGGAACGGUCGGCUACGGUGGAAGCCCAGAUGAAACCGGCGAAACCACACUGGAUGCGAUGAUCAUGGACGGGACCACAAUGAAUGUGGGAGCGGUGGCCGCUCUCAGGGAAGUAAAGCAUGCCAUUGCAGUUGCGAAGCAUGUGCUGGAGAAUACGAAGCAUACGCUGCUGGUUGGCAAUCAGGCCACCGACUUCGCAGUUAUGAUGGGAUUUCAACGGGAAACGCUCGAAACCGAUCGGUCCAAGGAGAUGUGGGAACAGUGGAAAACCAAUCACUGUCAGCCGAACUUUUGGACGGAUGUAAUCCCGUCGCCGUCGAUGUCGUGUGGUCCAUAUGAACCGGUUUCCGGAAAUUCGGUUAACUCAAACUUUUGGUCAUCUUCGACGAUUGAUGUCGAUCAAAAACUGAAAUCAGAAGAACCGGAAUUCGGUCGCUACAAUCAUGAUACGAUCGGAAUGAUCGUGAUCGAUUCGCAUGGCCACGUGGUAGCCGGCACAUCGACUAAUGGAGCACGUAACAAAAUACCCGGUCGCGUGGGAGAUUCGCCGAUCGCUGGAUCCGGUGCCUACGCCGAUUCGGCGGUGGGAGCCGCAGCGGCCACCGGAGAUGGGGACAUUAUGAUGCGUUUUAUGCCCUCGUUACUUGCCGUGGAGGGACUGAGGCAGGGCCUGAGCCCGAUGUUGGCUGGUGAGGCCGCGCUGGCACGCAUUGCCGAGCAUUAUCCCGAUUUUGUGGGAGGUAUUGUGGUGGCAACGAAGGACGGAGAAUACGGCGCAGCUUGUCAUGGGCUAACACAGUUUCCCUACUCGGUGGCAGAGGGCAACGAUUCCGACACGAAAGUGGUAGUCAAAACGGUUAAUUGCCGGAAGAAGAGAAAUUUGUGAGUGAAGUAGAUUGUAGACCUAUAAGUUGUUUAAAGUACGAUGCCUUCCGGACUGUAAUCCGAAUGCAGGGAUGUCAUCUGAUACAAAAAUGAAGCAUUUUCAACCCGUGCAGCUUUGUUUCAUAGGUUCAACAAUAUAUUUCCGUAACCAUUGGAAAGUGGAAAUAAAUCUGGAUUGUAGACAGGGGGUCGGUUUUCUUGCAUCGAACCAUCUUUUGUGAUGUUUUCUUUAUGACACUUUUAUUGGUGUUAGGCUGCGCUACUAGAUCGCAAAAAUCAUUCUUUUUUGAUCGUGAUUACCGAUUCUUUUUUGAUUACCGAUUAGCAUCUUACAGUAUAGAUGGAACACAAGUUACAACUUUUGAUCAUAUUUUGUUUUAUCGUUUAUGCCUUUCGAACUAAGCAAGUAAGUAGAUAUAGUAGAUUGUUAGCUGGAAUUUGGGUAAAAGCUUCAACUUGGGAAACAUACCCGACACAAAAAUACUUCCUUCUCUUGUUUUAUGAGGGACAGGAAAUGAGAAAUAAAUACAUAUACCUCGUUAAUUUGCCGCAUCUAAGCGCCCUAA